AGAGAGCCACUUCAAUGAAAGUGACAUGGAGCUAGACGACCAAGAGGCUGCUGAAGAGCUGUUGAACAGGUCCAGGGCCUCGUUAUCCCACUACAACAACAUGUCCCAUGUUUCCUCCAGGAGCAAUGUUCAUGGCAGCUCUAUCAAUGUUGCUCACAGAUUCGAUUCAAUUGAGGUUGCCAACUUGAAAUCAGAGAUUGAGUCGUUGAGAUCCCAGUUGGCGAUAUUGAACAACUCCCACAAAUCUGAGAUACUAACCUACGAGACUGAAUUGAACUCGACCAGAAAUGAAAUUGACUCUUUGAACCUACAAAUUGUCAAUUUGAACAACGACAACGAGUUCUUGUACAAGACAAAUGAGGACUUGAAUACAAAGUUGAAAAACGUCAAUGAAAUAACUCUAAACACAGCUAAAUCUCUUAACAAUAAAAUCAAUAGCUUGAAUUUAGAAUUAAUCGAAAAAAACGAUUUGAUCUUGGAAAAGGAUUCAAAUAUAUUAGAACUAAAUAACAAAAUUGACAACUUAUACAAAAACUUGAAAGAUCUACAGCAUGAAAACAACAAUUUUAAAAAUGAAUUUAACGACCAAAUUAAUCAAUUAUCUAUUCAAAACUCACAUUUAGAAGAUUUAAAUUCAAAUUUGCAAAUCAAAAUUGACAACUCUUCUACAAUCUUAAACAAUCAAACAAAUUACACUGAUCUAUUGUCUCAAAUUAAAUUUUUAAAAAAUGAUUUACUAACUCAACUCAAUAUUAAUACCAAUUUAAAUAAAAAAAUUAAAGAUUUAUCUUUCAAAUUAAAAACCCAAACUCAAUCAAGUACAAGCACUCCAUCUUCAACUUCUUCAACUUCUAAUCAAAUUCUCAAUAACAAUACCAAUACUAAUGCCAAUAAUAACACAAAUUCUAUAACCAUAUCAAUACUAAAUGAUAAAAUAUCCUCUUUAAAAAAGAAAUUAAGUUCAUACUCGAGCUUAAACGACGAUUACAACUCUUUGAAAUUAAAGCUUAUCAAAUAUCAACAACAAUUUCAAAAAUUCUUAUACUAUGUAUCUUAUGACAAUAAAAGCAAUAAGAACCUUGAAACGGAUUUUGAUAUUGAAUCAAUUCUAUUAAACUUGAAAAGAAACUCAAAUACAAUAGAUUCACUAAAAUCUCACAUUGAGUUACUUAAUGAUUACAUUAAUGAAUUGAAAUCCAAAAAUAAUGAAUUGAGUUUAAAACUUUUAAAUUCAGACAAAGAAUCUAUCACAAUUCAAGAAAAACUUAAAAAUGAAUCAAUUUUAAGGAAAAAUUUCGAAAGGGAAAAAGCCUUAUCUCAAAGAGAAUCUUCUCAUUUAAGAAGUCAAAUUAUCAGACUAAAUUCUUUAAUUGAUAAAUUUAUAACCAACAAUCAAAAUAACAAUAACAUCGGCAACAAUAAUAAUAACAACAAUACAAACAACAAUAGCAAUAAUAAUACCAAUACUAACACUAAUACUAAUACUAAUAAUAACAAUAGCAAUAACAACAACAAUAACAAUAUUAAAAAUCUAAAAUUCAAUAAGCAAAAUAAACAAAAUAAAUUUGGUAAAAACAACACCAAUGAAAACCAAGAUUCUGAUAAUAAUCAAAAAAUAAUUGAACUCUUGCAAAUUAAAAACAAAAAUGAUCAACAAGUAAAAAAUUUGGAGGGUUUAAUCACCGAAUAUAAAACUCAAUUAGAUAGUAUUAACAAAAACUUGGCAAUUCAAGAGAACCUCGAAUUAAUGAAUGAAAAUAAUAAACGCCAGAAAUUAAAUGAUUCUUCACAAAAAAUCUUAAAAUCAGACACUAAAAUAAUUGAAAAUUAUCAAAAUAAAAUUACAGAAUUGGAUAAUAAAAUCUUAAAAUUAGAUCAAGAUUUAAAAGAAAAAGAAAAAGACAUAUUCAAUCUAUCAAAAGAUAAUAAAGAUUUAAAUCAUAGAUUGAGUGAAGUUAUAAGUUUGAAAGAAAAAGAAAAUCAACUCCAAUUAUUACAAUUAAAAGAUAAUCCAAUGCUAAAUUAUCAAAAAAUUAAACAAGAGACUUUAGAUACCUUGAAAAAAGAAAAUGAAGAUUUAUUAAAAGAAUUAAAAAACAAUAAUAAAAAUAUUGACCAAGAAAACAAAAAUUAUAUACCAAUAUCAGUUUUGGAUAGAUUUUUGCUUGAUCAAGAAGCCUUGGAGAGAAAAUUAAUAGAAAGUAAUAAAAGAAUGACCAGGCUACGUGAAGUUUAUAAUAAAAAGUCUUUAGAAUUUUUACAAUCGAUAAAUCUGUUAUUUGGAUUCACUUUAGAGUUUUUUGCCAAAUCAAAAAAAGUUAAAUUAAUUUCUAAAUAUUCAAUAAUAAAACAACAAAAAAGUGAUAAGAAUAAUAAUGAUAAAGACGAAAACAUGGACGCAAAAGAAGAAGAAGAAGAAGAAGAAAAGGCAUUGGAAAGAAAUUAUAUUAUUAUUGAUCCAUUUUCAAAUUCAUUUCAAAUAUCCGGUGAUUGCGAUGAUAGCUUUAAAGCAAAAUGUGAAAAUUUGGUUCAAUUUUGGAUUGAAGAUAAAAAACAAAUUCCAUGCUUUUUAGCAGCUUUAAGUUUGGAGCUAUUUGAAGAAAAUGUAAAUAAGAUAGAGUAAAUUUAAAUAAUAAAAGAUAAUUAUAUCAAUAUUGAGUAUAUUGUUGGAUUCAGAAGUUUAGUUUUAAUUUUAAUUUUAAUUACAAUUUAAUAUCGAGAGUUGUUUUAUAUUUAUUAUAUAUUGAGAGCGAAUAUUAGUCUUUAAGAAAUAAAUAUUUAAAAUAAAAAGUUAUU